UGUAAACAAUCUGCCACUAUUACAAAACAGCUGAUGAAGUGCACAGAGGACUUGAAGAAACAUAACAAAAUUUUUUUUUUCAAAUUUCGGAAAUGCGCCUAAAACGACUGCACAAUUUAUAAGAAUGUUUAGUUCUUUCGAUAGACUAAAAAAGCGCACUCCAAAUGAAGGAAUAAACCGUAGAGAAUAUAUUUCGCUACUCGUGGAUGAAUACUACGAGACCAACAAUUUAGAGGCUCAACAGCAAGUCACUGCUAAUUUGGCCAAUUUUGCGUACGAUCCUAUCAACUGGAAUUUUCUGAAGAGCUCUAAGGCCCACGAACUGUUUGUAGAAAUUUUGAACUGCUCUAUAGAUCUAUCGUUACUGAUACACGCAGCAGCUGGAAUUUGCAAUCUUUGUCUCGAUACCGAAUUCUCUGAGUAUGUAAGGCGCGGAGGAGUUUUGAAGCAAAUUAAAUUCCUUAUCGGAAAAUACAGUAAAAAUACCGAAUUGAUCGCUCAUUUGCUAACAAUUUUGAUCUAUUUGAAUAACGAACCCAUCGAGGACGAUUUUCGCCAGUUGUGUGAGACGCUGAGGACAGGAAGCAAUAGGUUGAUAACUAAUUUGGUGAAUGUUUUUAUGGAAGAUUAUGUUACUCAAAGUAGACGAUUAUUUAGCAAUCAAAAAGUUCUAACUUUGUGUAGAACUUUCCGCGAAGAAGACUUACUCCGAUUCGCCGAAUUCACCGGUGACAGCAAUCCAAUUCAUCAGCAUAAAACAGCACAGCAUAGAUUCGUGAACGGUGCCUUACUGAAUGCUGUGACAGCAGGAAUAAUCGGCAGUAACUUUCCUGGCCAUGUGGUCACCUCGCAGGAGUUUCGCUUUCCGAAACGAUGCCGACUGGACGAGGAAGCGGUGUUCACGGUGAAGGUCGAAAACCUUCGGAAGAUCGUCAGCGUUUCUUACUAUUGCAAACAAGGUGGACAGACUGUUUUCGUUGGUAGCGCAAAACUGUUUGCGAUGAAGUUGUAGCCAUUAUGAAAUGUUUAAGUAAACAGCGUAGUAAAUUUGUUGA